CUUUCGGAAUCGUGCAGACGCAAAAGGGAAGAGAGAGACCAGAGAAGAAACCUAAGAGAAAGCAAGCAAGAAAUCUAGAGAGAGAGAGAGAGAGAGAGAGACAGAGAGAGAGAGAGAGGUUUGGUUUCAGUUGGUGAUGACGAUGGACAGGGAGAAGGAGAGGGAGAUUGAGCUCGAAAGUGCAAUGUACACUAACUGUUUGCUUUUAGGUCUCGAUCCGGCGGUUAUCGGCGUCGGAGCUUCCAACGGCACCCCUCGAGUUGGCCUUUUCCGUCACUCCAAUCCAAAACUCGGCGAACAGCUCCUCUACUUCAUUCUAUCUUCCCUCCGAGGACCUGUUCAAUCCGCCAAAGAUUUCGAUAAGGUUUGGCCUAUCUUCGAUUCCGCGCAAUCGAGGGACUUCCGGAAGGUCGUGCAAGGGAUUAUCAGUGAGCUUGAAUCUCAAGGUGCAUUACCCAGGAGUAAUUCGAGGGUUUCGUCUCUUGCCACGUGCUGUGGACCGAGGUUUGUUGAACUGUUGUGGCAGCUUUCCUUGCAUGCUUUGCGGGAGGUUCACAGACGAACUUUUGCUGCUGAUGUUGCAUCUAAUCCACUUCCUGCACCGUUGACAGAUGUUGCCUUUUCACAUGCUGCUACAUUACUUCCUGUGACGAAGGCUAGAAUUGCACUUGAAAGAAGAAGAUUUCUGAAGAAUGCUGAAACAGCCGUGCAACGCCAAGCCAUGUGGUCUAAUUUGGCUCAUGAAAUGACGGCUGAGUUUCGUGGCCUUUGUGCUGAGGAGGCUUAUCUGCAGCAAGAGCUAGAAAAACUACAUGAUCUGAGAAACAAAGUUAAAUUGGAAGGGGAGCUGUGGGAUGACCUUGUAUCGAGUUCAAGUCAAAACUCACAUUUAGUUUCAAAGGCAACUCGUUUGUGGGAGUCUAUAUUGGCACGCAAAAGUCAACAUGAAGUUCUUGCUUCAGGUCCUAUAGAGGAUUUAAUUGCACACCGUGAGCAUAGGUAUCGUAUUUCUGGAUCAUCUCUACGUGCAGCCAUGGAUCAGAGCUCUCAGGUUCCUUACACGGAUGUCCUGGCCAGUCAGUCAAGUGAUUUAGAUUCAGUGUUUGUGGAUGACAAAGAUCAGAGUGACAGGUCAUAUGCCAGCUCACAAAUAAGUGAUGAUUCAGUCUCAUGGAUGGAUGAUAGGGGUGGAAGAGUCCAUCCCACUGUUGACGUUGCAGAAAUCAUUAGGCGUUGGACUCAUGCUUUACAGCGUAUUCAUAAACAGUCACUCCAUCUGGCAAAAGCUAACGAUGGAGAAGGUCCUGAAAUUCUACGAGGUGCACACGAUGGCGGUACAAGUGGCCAUGCCGAGUCUUUGUCAGCAACUCUUGCUGAACAUCAACAACACCUAGCAAGUUUACAGGUGCUCAUCAACCAAUUGAAGGAAGUUGCUCCCGGAAUACAGAAAUCAAUAUCAGAGUGUACAGAGAAAGUGAACAAUAUAUCCUUAAGUCUACCUCCAGUGACCAAACAUCCUGUUCGGUCUAUGUCGUCACCUAUGCAAGCACAGACUAGUGGCCGGACAUCGGUAAGUAGCACUGAUGAAAUUUCUGAGGUGACUUCAAAAAUGUCUUCUGUUCAACUUGACAAGGUGUCUGCCAGUCCUACUUUAAAGCUCCCCCAAUUGUUUAGUUUGACACCGAACUCUUCUGGAAAAACGGGAAAUAUGCAAAAGCGACACAACAUGGCAUCUCAAACCAGCCAAAUAGAAAAUUCAUCUGAAAAUAAAUCACUUGACCAGCCUCCUUCAAACGAUCAUAUAAACAACCUAUCACAAGAUACGGAGACUUCUUAUGUUCAGAAUUUAAAGAGAUCAGUCAGGGAAGCUGCUCUUUCGAUGAAAUACAGCAAUUCAGAACCAUCUCGAGAAGGUCCUUCUGAUGGAAGUGCGGAACACUUUUUUGUUCCUCUUUCAGGAACGGGAUUUUCUCGUUUAGGCCCAGAUAGUAAAGGAGCUUCCACAAGGAGUAGAAGGCUGUCUGUUACUCAAAUGGACGUUGGCUUGCCUGGGAGUCCUGCUUUCGACUUUAAUAACGGAAUUGGUUUCAAUGAAUUUACUGAUGCAUUGAAUGAUCUGGAUUCUCUUAAUGACUUUGAUGAAUUAAAUGGGUUUCUUUCUUCUGCUCGAUCAAAUUCUGCAAACUCAGAUGGUCGAAAAUUAGUUUUUGACAUCGAUGAAGCUGAGGAUCAAGUAUUCUCACCGCCUUUGCUGAUGGACUCAUCACUUUUAGCGGAUUCUUAUGAGGAUCUACUUGCUCCACUGUCUGAAACAGAAACUGCAAUGAUGGAACAUUAAGUUGAGAUAUCGGCAGCCUUUCAUUCUGCAGUUUGAGAUUCUUCGCAUCUCGACACUUGUUCUACGGGGUGCAUGCAUCAGUUAACCUCGUAGCCCUUGCUUCACACAGUGGAUGGAUUUUUGUAAUGUUUGUGGUAGCCAUGUGGCAACGGAGUAGCUAUGCUAUAAAUGGAUCACACAGAUCUCUGAGCAUAAACAAAAAAUUCAAAGUUCAGCGGCUCUUCAUGGACUGGCCACAAUCGGGAUGGUCAUUCAGAUUCAGAUUGGUAUGGUAUUUAACCUGUUUCUCGGUUGGUUUUCUGUGAUGGUUUUUCAACAGCUUCCAAUCCCAUAGACUGAGGUCGAAAGUAAGCUAAAGUGAGUGCAUCCAAGUGGCAAGCGAUUCAAUCAUUGGGCUAAAAUACUAAAUUCGGAUCAAAGCUCGGUAUUGGUAGCCUUUUUGUAUCUAUUGUUUGAUUUAAACAUUAACACUGAUUGACGAGUUCAUUUAUAUAUUUGCUGAUUUGUUUGUUAUUACAUGAAUUGUUAGCGUUAUUUGAAAUUACUGUACCUCAGAACGAUUAUCUGUACAUUCUCCUACCAGAAUUAUGUUCCUGAUUUGUUCA